GCCGCCUCUUGGUCAUCGUUCUAUCGAUUCUACGUCGUUCGUCGUCGCCCACUCGCUUCAGCGCCCGUACUUGCAUAUACACGAAGUCUCGUACGGUGCCCGAACGUUUGCGUGCAUUUUUCGAACACAUCGAUCAGGCGCUCCGGGAUAAUUUGGAAGAUUUAACCUGAUCUAACGAUAGACGAACGACCAUGACCAGUGUUAAGACGGAAUGGCGCCCGUUGCUCUCCAACGAACACUCUCUGUUCGACCGCAUAGGCGCUCGGAUGUGCACGCUCGGCCUGAUACCCCAAGGGAUGCAGCACGCAUCGCUCCUGAACAUCCUGCCCAUGGUCUACCCGCUUCCCUCGUUCGAAAAAGACACAUGGACGUUCUACCCAAUCAAGGACGUGCUCUGCAAACACAUCGUCCUGGAGGAGCAGUCCCUGGUCGAGCGCGAAGCCGUGACCUUUGCGGGCCAGAGGGACCCGGGCCGCCCGAGCUACAGGGACGGCUACGCCCAGCUGCCCAGGAUGAACACCUUCGACAUCCACUUCCGCGACGACUACACCGGCCCGCGCGCGCCCUCCCCCUUCGCCCUGCCGAUGCGCUUGCACCCCCCCGCCAACACGUCGCUCUUCUCCGUCUCGCUCGCGGCGAGCGUGAACCUCGUGGUGCGUAUGAGGACGACCGUCCUCGCGAUGAUGGCCGCGUUCCUGCCGCAGAGCGCUACGGAGCAAGUACGGCUCGGGAGUUAUCUAAUGCGUCUGUGGGAUGCCACGCCGAGUAGCUUUAGGAACCUGCACCGCUUCCGCCCGGACGAUCUGCUGCCUGACCUCGAGCAGGCUAGCGGUCGCGAGGCCCAGGACGUAGCGUCUGCCUCUCCAUCUACGUCUGCGUCUGGCAGCCCCACGGGCAACCGUUCGCCGUCCGGCUCUAACUCCCCUGGGAGACCCGUCUCCCCGCCGCGCUCUAUGCGCUCGGCCGAGAUGCUCAAGACGACCAUACCCUCAUCGCUCAUGGCCAACGGCUCUCUGGCGCGGUCCGACGAGAUGAAGAAAGCGGGCGCGCUGCUCUCGCCUCUCCCCACCCGGAACCGCGAGUACGCGAUCGCGGCGAUUAAGCGGUUCCAGAGGGAGGCGGCGCAGAUACUCGGUGAGCCACAGCGAUGGCCGGAUGGAGCGGUGUCCGAAGACCCGCCCGGCCACCGGCCCCGCUGUGCGCGCUUCACAUCCAACGAGUGGGCCGCCGUGCUCCAGGGCAUCGACCUGGGUGGCCCUCUGUGGUAUCAUAACCACGUUGAGUAAAAGACUUACCUGCAUUCGCAUCGGGAACGAGAAGUGCUCGGGGUUCACGAGUUAGGAAAGUGGACUUCGGAGCGCGAUACUAAUACUAUUGUAUUUUCUGUGGUCUACUUUGGUCGCGUCGUCGGUUGUACGUUGGCUGUAUUUUUAGGUGUUUAUGCUUGCUGCUUGGGUAGAUGUGGGUACUUAGUUGUCGAUGUAAUGAAUAUAAGGGUAUACCGUGACGGUCG